AGGAAGAGAGUGGGAAUGGAAAUUCUGACCUGGUUAAAGACUCCUAUCACAUCCUGUUGCUUCACUUUUCUUGUGUGUGUGUGUGUGUGUCAGUCAAAAGGAAAGGCAGCAACGUCCAGUUGAUAGCACCAAUCUCUGGAGCUUGCAAGGUCACUAGAAGCCAACUCUUCCUGCUUUCUAUAACACAUACUGCCCUCCAGAUCAGAGGAGAGUGAAAUUAACCAGCAGACCAUUCUAGCACAGAACGGACACUCCAUAAUCUGGAAGAGACAACAUGCUGGAUCAGAUUCACUUGCUGGCUGCUGUGACGAUCCUGGGAGUCCUGGAGCAAGCUUACUUCUCCCUCCAGGUGAUCUAUGCCAGGAGGGCGUACGGGAUCUCUCCUCCAAAAGUCUCAGGGCCACCUGAUUUUGAGAGGGUCUUUCGAGCACAGGUGAAUUGCUCUGAGUAUUUCUCCAUUUUCUUGGCUGUUCUCUGGCAGGCUGGCCUCUUCUUCCAUCAAGGUCUGACUGCUGCCUUGGGCCUGCUUUAUCUCUACUCCCGCUACCACUAUUUUGUGGGGUAUAAGGAGUCCUCCUUGGGAAGGUUAGCCCCCAUGUAUUUCAGCACUGGAGUUCUCUGGAUUCUUAUUGGACUCGCAGCAGUUGGGAUCUUGCAUUUCUUGCUCUCUCACUAUGUGGGGAUGAACGUCCUUCUGUUCAUUAGCUUGUGAAAGGAGCUCCUUGGACAGCACCCUCCCUUCCUGGCCCCUCUGAAUGUGUCCCCCUUCAUUAGGUCCACAUAAUCGGUCUCCUGCAUGCCUCCUAUCGGUGUUAACUGAAUGGCUGUGCAUAGUACUGCCCUCUAGUGGUGUAAUGUCAGACACACUCAGUGUCUACAUUCUAAGCACUUCACUCUCCUGACCAAGAGCCCAGUCCUGCUCCUAUUGAAAUCAAUGGAAGUUUGUGACUAACGUCCAUGGCAAUUGACCCCAGGUGGCAAGGGAAUGGAGCUGUUUUGUGUCCCUGUUUGUGGCAGCUAAUGGUCAUGGCUCAAUUCUGCAUCUAUGGGUGUGUCUAUAUUUUGAGCUGGGGAUGUGAUUCCCAACUUGAGGAGACAUACCAUACAAGCUCUGACUGACCUAGUGCACUAAAAUGUAGCCAGGGUGGUGCAAGCAGCAGGAGGGACUAGCUAUCCUGCGUGUGUGUCCGUCAGAGACCCAUAGCUAUGUCCUCAGGAUGGCUGGCUUCUCUCACUGCUCACACUGUGGCAGCUACUCUCUAGUUUUAGCACGCUGGCUUGAUCAGAGCUACCACAGGUAUGUCUCAUGGAGCUGGGAAUCACACCCCAGCUCCAGGGUGAAAACACUCUAUGUGGGUAGCUGAGGAUGGUAAUGGCUGCAACCCCAGAUGGCUACUAUGUGCCUACAGUCUCACAAAUCGGGCACAGUGCUCUUCUGUUUUGGGUCUAGUUCACCAAAUCCACUGCUAUUUUGAAAGCUGUUUGGGAUCCUUUUUCAUUGUGGAGUGUUUCUCCAGAGGUGGCUCAGUCUUGAGGACUUUGAGAUACAAAGUCCCAAUGUCUAGUCCCUGCUCUCCAAAUGACUCUCCAGGAUUUGGGGCAAACUGUUUAUUCUCCUCAGGCGUAUUUUCUCAUAAACAAAAUGGAGCUAUUGCCUAAAAUGUACUUACUUUCCACUUGUGCUGUGAAGCUUCAUUAUUUAAUAUUUGUGCAACGCUUUAAAAACAUAAAGCACUGGCUAAGUGCUACUUGUUACUCACUACCUAAAAACUCAUUAAUUCAGAGUGAAGGGUAACUGGCUGGCUGUGCCUGUACCCUUCCUGAGCGUUGAGUAAACCUAUAUUUAAACUCUGAAAACCAGCCCAUAGAGAGCUGUGGUAAACACCAGCCCCACCCUACAACCUUAACUCUGCCCACUGAAGCUGGCAAGAGUCACUGGAGAUAUACUGUAAGCACUGUUCCCUCUAAGCUGUGCACGUGUGCGUGCGCACACAGAUCCUAAACCCUGCACACACAGCAAAACAACGCAUGCACAAAAAUUUGCACAGAAGCACAAUAAUUUGCACAGAAGAAAUUUUUUGCACACAUGGCCUGUCAAAAAUUAGAGGGAACAUUGACUGUAAGUAGGCUUCAGCCAGAGCAGUUCUAUAAUAAGUAGAUGUGAGGAAUGUUAGAGGAAUGUGGCAUUUCAUGUGGUAUGGUAUCCUACAGAAGUGUAAAAAGAAAAGGAGUACUUGUGGCACCUUACAGACUAACCAAUUUAUCUGAGCUUAAGCUUUCGUGAGCUACAGCUCACUUCAUCGGAUGCAUACUUCUGCAGUUUCCACAGUAUGCAUCCGAUGAAGUGAGCUGUAGCUCACGAAAGCUUAAGCUCAGAUAAAUUGGUUAGUCUCUAAGGUGCCACAAGUACUCCUUUUCUUUUUGCGAAUACAGACUAACACAGCUGUUACUCUGAAACCUACAGAAGUGUAUUCACUCAUUCAUUUGCAGGCACUCCCCAGCUACCCUUCACUGCAUUAGGGACAGCUGUAAUGACUGGUGCAAGGAGAACAUUGCAGCAGAGUGAUACAGUGCUGGGGUGUCUGGGGCACCACUCAGAGAGGGCAAACUUAAAUUUGUGGGGCAGGGGCUGGUAUGUACCAUAACUCUGUAUUCCCUGGUUUUCAGAGGUGCACUCAAUGCCUGGAACGGUGGGAGGCACUGUCGGUCACCCUUAACUCCAUGUGAAUAAAUUUCCCCCUUUUUGAAGAAGUGGUGGUAGUAGUAGGGGGCAUGGCGAGGGAGCGCUGGAGGGAUGGUACAUGAGGAGGUUUCUUGGGAUCACCCCACUGCCCCUCAGCUACCAGCUCUAUCCUCCUUCAUACCUUUUUUUCCAAGGAACUAGAGCACUUAGAAAGGAGACAGUGACAAGUGUAAACCUUUGUGUUGUCAUUUGGAUGAACGAUUAUGCGCUUGUGUAUUUUUCAGCAUAAACAUAAGUUGCUGUUUUAUGUGGGUGCCAGGCGGGUUCAAUGGCCACAGUAUGUCACCGUGAGCCACCCACAUACUCCAACAUCUGGCUUGUGACAGAGCCCCAAUCUUGCUGCAUGUGCACAAAUGACUUACUCUGGCUCUUACAUUGUUCUUGUAGCCAUGUCAGUCCAAGGUUAUUAGCGACACAAGGUGAUUAAGGUGAUAUCUUUUAUUGGACCAGCUUCUGUUGGUGAGAGACACCAGAUAUUACCUCAGCCACCUUGUUACUCUGGCUCAUCCACUUGGCUUGAACCACACUGUAGAUCUAACUUCUCUACCCUGAAUAACUUCUUAAAAUAUUGCUUCCCCAAAGGAGCAGUGGGUGCCAGAUGCAAGCUGAGAUCAGCUUCAGGAGGGUGAUCUCAGCUGGCAUAUGUUUGGGGAAGAUCAGAGCCAUAGGUGAGCCCGAGUUGUAGGCAAAAAAUAUUAAAUCCAGAGAGAUCUGAUGACUGCAUUCCUGUAUGUCUCUUUAAACAAAAGCUCACUGUUGUAAUGCUGUUUUGUUUGAUUUAUACAUGGCAAGGAUUUGUAAAUCUAUUAAUCCUUCCUUACUAAAUAAAUAUUAUAGAAAGUG